GCGCCACACACACCUUCACCAUAUCACGAGCAGUCUGUGUGUGAAUGUACACAACGCCAGCAGAAGCAGGGAGGCUUCAGCUCCGCUAAGGGCGCGAUUGACCCGUACACAGUGGACGCGCGGCGGAUCGAACGGCAGACCACCACCAACACCAAAUGGACCCGAGCGGGAAGGCCGCCUUCGAGGGCAGCAAGCUGUUCGUGCAGACGAUCGACGCGCGCGAUGAGAACGAGGAAAAGUAUAUGCGGGCGUACCGCUCGUUCGAGGAGACGACCGCGGGCCUCAGCGAUAAGGACUUUCACGAUCUGAUGUCCUCGCUGGUCAGCAAGGAGAAGCAGCACGAGGAGAUUUCGCUCGCCCUCGUCUACAUCAUACUGACCGAUCCGAACGGUGCACCGAAGACGUACCGCGAUCUGACGCUGCUGACUCGCGAUGGGCUCGGAUUUGUGACGGCCAAUCUGGCGAUGCUGGUCGCUGAAAAGUACCACAAGCUGACGGAUGUGGCACGGAAGCAGCUGCUGUGGUUAUUGCGCGAGUUAAUCAAAAACCAGGUGCUAAACGUGGACAAUCUCGCCUGGAACAUACUGCGGCAGGCAAGCGGUGGUGACAUUAGUCCAAAAAACAUUGCCCUGAUCGAGGGACUGCUGGAGAUUUUUACCGAGCAUCGGGUGUGGUUGGAGAAGGACCAGUUUCUGGUCGGGACGGUGGCGUACACGUUCGUGCGACUGAUCGAGGACCAUUGUGGGCCACAGUUUGUGCAUCUGCGGAGCAGAGAGGUGAAGUUUGUAAUCUCGCUGAUACGGGACCGGUUCAUGGACAUUAUACCGCUCGGGCGAGAGUUUGUGAGGUUGCUGCAGAACGUCGGUCGAAUACCGGAAUUCGAUCAGCUGUGGAAGGACAUGCUGUACAACCCAAAAUCGCUCUGUCCCAGCUUUAACGGUGUGUGGCAGUUGCUGCAGACGCGCACAAGCCGACGCUUUUUGCGAGGCCGCAUCACGCCAGACAUCGAGCGCAAGAUUCACUUUCUCACGAGCAACGUCAAGUUCGGCAAUCAAAAGCGCUACCAGGAUUGGUUUCAGGAGCGGUACUUUAAUACACCGGAAUCGCAAAGCUUGCGAUGCGAUCUGAUCCGGUUCAUCAUUAGUGCGAUUCAUCCAACGAACGAUAUGCUCUGCUCCGACAUCAUACCACGCUGGGCGAUUAUUGGUUGGUUGCUGACGUCGUGCACGAAUGCGGUAACGUUGGCGAACGCGAAGCUGGCCCUCUUCUACGACUGGCUGUUUUUCGAUCCGGCCAAAGAUAACAUCAUGAACGUGGAACCGGGCAUACUGGUGAUGUACCACUCGAUCAAGAACCAUCCGCUCGUCAGCUGCACACUGUUGGACUUUCUGUGUCGCAUUAUGAAAAACUUUUACCCGAAAUGGGAAGAUCGCAUCAGGACCGGUAUCUACAACUCACUGCGAAAGAUACUGGAGAUGAAGGUCAUCCCGAAUCUGGUGCCGUUAUUUGAAUCGCCCAAGCUGGACCGCGAGCUGAAGGCAAUGCUGCGGGAAAACUUUCGCGAGUUUUGUGUGCCGCCGAACAGCAUGAUGUACAUGCAGCAACAUCCACCACAGCCCGGCAUGGAGGCACAGAUGAUGCAGAUGCACUAUCCGAUGGUGGGUGGUGAGAUGCCGGUAGAACAUGGCCCACCUCAUCUGAUGCAUCCUCCACUGGGGAUGAUGCAUCCUACGACGGUUCAUCCGAGCCAGAUCGAUAUCAAUGCCACAGUGACCACCACCACACAGUUAAAUCGAAUGGAUCCCUCAAGGAAAGCACAUGAUAGCGGAGGAGGUGGAGGUGGCGGUGGUGGUGGUGGAGGGGGAGUAGGAAUAGGGCCCGGUUGGCUCGCCUUAAGAGGACCCAUGCCUGUUACGCGCGGUACACCUCCCACUGGUCCACCGGGUGCAGCUGCAGGUGGAGGACCCAGUGGUCCCGCCACCAGUGGGCCAGCAACAAGUGUUCCGAGUGGUGCACCGACAACCGGUGCAAUUUUUGCCAAACCUGAAGCACCGCCACGAACAGAGAGCAGCGUCAGCACGGCGGACGAACCCAAAUUUAGCGAUGACGAAGAGGACCCAUCAAAAACGUCCGCAACGACAGCCACCAAAACGGAGGACGUAUCGGAUGACGACGAUCUACCGCUCGCCAAGGUACGGCUACUGGAGAAACCGGCCAUCGCAAAGGUUGCCCUGCCCGAAACACUGAACGGCCAUCUGGAAGAGUUUCUGCGCGAGAAGAGCGUCAAAACGUUCGAACCGCUGCUACAGUGUUUGGGCAGCUGCGGGAAGGCAGCCCUCAACCAGGAGCAGGAAAACUACCUCACGGAGAGUGUGAUAUCGGUGAUCAAGCAGACACUGCCGGACAAGAGCUACUUCCCCGCGUCGAAAACGGACGACAAUUUGUCGGACAGCAUCAACUAUCCACUGUUUGCCGCGUACCGCAUUCUUUACCAGCAGGAGGAAUCGUGCAAAAAGCGCAUCAUGGCUCUGCUCGUGGCGAUCGUUACGCGCGUCAACGUGGCCGGCUAUAUGUUGCUGUACUUCCUCAAGGUGCACGGGAAGCUGCAGAGCCGACGGAAGGAAAGUGCCGGCUCGAGCGCCACAUUCAAAUCGUCCGUGUACGGCGUGAUGUGCGAUGCGCUCGAUACGGUCGACUCGGUGGACGAGUGCAUCGAGAAGGAUCUCAAUCUGCUCGAAAAGCACAACACGCAGAUGUUUCUGUGGAUUCUGCCGGACAUGUAUCGGGAGUUUAAGCAAACGAUGCUCAACAACACGACCGUACUGCGGCUGCUGGUCGGUUGCAUCGAUGCGAGCAAUCUGGGCGACAUAAUCUACAGCAUCACGCAGGGCAAACUGAUCCUGUUCGACGAGGACGGCAUCGUGGACAUACUGCGCAAAAGUCUCGAGUACGAAACGUUCGAGCAGGUGUGCAUCUGGCAGCUGGUCCAGGCGCACGACAUCCCGCUCGAAACGUUCCAGGAGAUCAUUCCCGAGCUAGAGUCGGGCGCACACGCGGAAGCACUGACCGCCAUCCUGUUGCUGUUGCGCGCGGAAAAACCAACGACCGAGCUGGUCCGGUUGCUGCUGAGCCGCGAAACGGAAACGAAGCACCGGGGCGAUCCGUUCGUAACGUCGGUCCUGCGCUACUGGUGCCAGGAGUAUGAGGAAAAGCUGUCCGAGCUGAUUGCCGCCCUCCUCACGUCCAAGUAUCCCUCCAACUCGCCCAACAAACGCAAACGGCCGUCGAAAAGUGCGCAACAAAAUACGGCCCCCACCUCGGAACAGCUGCUCAACCAUUUGGAACACUUCCGGCGCAGCUGCCGACACGGGAACGGUACCGGGACGGGGCUGUUUGUGCAGAACGAUAUGCAGCGCGCCCUACAGCAAGCGUUCGCCCACAGUGCCGAAAGUCAGCGGAAACAGUUUAGCGAUCUGUUUGCACUGGCGGCCGAAGACGAAACGUCCACCACGGUGGGACGGCGGGGUACGAGUAGCCGGGGUCGGAAGGCACCCUCGAACAAGAAGGAAACGGCGGCGGAAAAGGCGGCCGCCGCCGCUGCAGCAGCAGCGCAUGCCAAUAAUAGUAAGAAGGCGGCGGCCGAAUCGGCGGCCCACUUUAGUGACGAUUCGAGCGACGAAGACUGGUCCAAGCAGAAAGCCUCGAAGCGAAGGAAAACGCUAAGCGAUUCCGAUUGACACCGUUCGCUGCUGGUGCGCUGCUGCUGCUGCUGGCGGGAAGGUAAUUGUGUA